CAAUCGCCCCCCUUUGCCGACUUUAUCAAACCCAUCCCUCCCUCUGAUCCUGUCUCUAUUUUUCUUCCUCGAAGGCCCCAAACCAAACACGCCCUCCCCUCCCCCUCCCCCUCCCCGUUUUUAUUUCCAGUAUUCUCGUUUCCAUUUCAUCGACGUUUAAUUCUAUCUUCAGAAAUCAUCAGAAUCAGAUGGCUCAGAAACGGGAGGAAGAAACCGAGCUCAAACUUCCCAAAACCUUAUCCGUAUGCGUUCCAGCGAUUCAGAUUUCCCCACAGCUCCCCGGCGGUGAUGAUCCGGCGAAAUCUCUAAAGUUGUCCCCCGGCGAUGCCGUGCGGUCGUCUGAGAGCUCAGAUUCAAUAGAUCCUCGCGCGGAUGAAUCCAGAUCUGGCGCCGCGAGGUCAACGGAGAGGCCGGAUCCGAUCGUUUCUCAUCCCGGCGGGAAGGAGGCGGCGGAGGAGAAGGAGGAUCGGCCCCUGAAGAGGCCGAGGGAGGUCAGCCGGUGCACCGGGAAUGGAUGCAGGCGGAAAGUCGGGUUGAUCGGAUUCCGUUGCCGCUGCGGGGAGGUGUUCUGUUCCGAGCACAGGUAUUCGGAUCGCCAUGACUGUACUUUCGAUUACAAAGCGGCUGGACGCGAUGCGAUCGCAAGGGAAAAUCCGGUGGUUCGAGCUGCUAAGAUUCUAAAAGUUUGACAGAUAUCAAAAUCUUUAACGACAAAGUGAGAAGAUGAUAUAUAUAUAUAUAUAUAUAUACCCAAGAGAGGGAGAGGGGCUGGGGGAGGGGGAGAUUGGGGUAAUCUGAAUGUUCAUGUUAAGACAGGUUUCAUGGACUAGAAUGAAUUAACGAAUGAAUUGGUGUUUGCUUUUAUGUGAAAUUGAUAAAUCAAGUAAGAGUGUUGUUUGUUAUUUAGAGUAUCAUCAUAGUGCGCAACUAUUUGGUUUCGUUUUUCUUUCACUUGGGACGUUUUGUGGUGUAUGCAACUACUCGUAGUAAAGAUGAAUGAAGAACGCCAUGUCGCCAUCCUUCGUGUAUUCUUCAGAAAAUUUUAUCCAAUGUGUUUUGGAUUUGCUUUACGUGUAGAUCCAGAAUAGUUCAUUC